ACCACAUAUCUCUGGUCUUUUACAGAAUUAUAACCCUCUACCAUUUUGACUCUCUACCUUGACCGAUCGGAAAAAAUGGCUGAUGAGGUGAUUCUGUUGGAUUUCUGGCCGAGUCCAUUUGGGAUGAGGGUGAGGAUUGCGCUGGCGGAGAAAGGAAUUAAGUAUGAGUACAAGGAGGAGGAUCUGAGGAACAAGAGCCCUCUGCUUCUGCAGAUGAACCCAAUUCACAAGAAGAUCCCGGUGCUCGUUCAUAAUGGAAAACCCAUAUGUGAGUCGCUCAUCCAAGUCCAGUACAUUGACGAGGUGUGGAAGGGCAAGGCUUCGUUGCUUCCUUCUGAUCCUUGUGCCAGAGCACAAUCUAGAUUCUGGGCUGAUUAUGUUGAUAAGAAGAUUUAUGAUCUUGGGAGGAAAAUUUGGAUGUGCAAAGGAGAGGAGCAAGAGGCAAGCACGAAAGAAUUCAUCGAGUGCCUUAAGGUGCUGGAAGCAGAGCUUGGAGACAGGCAUUAUUUUGGCGGAUCAAACCUGGGAUAUGUUGAUGUUGUCUUCGUCCCAUUCUAUACCUGGUUCCAUGCCUAUGAGCAGUGUGGCAACUUCAGCAUCGAGGCAGAGUGUCCCAAGAUAAUUGCAUGGGCUAAGAGGUGCAUGCAGAAGGAGAGUGUCUCUAAGUCUCUUCCUGACCAUGAAAAGGUGUACGGAUUCGUUUUGGAGCUGAAGAAAAAAUUUGGGAUUGAGUAAAAUGGAAUGAGAAGUAGUCGAAUUGAAGUAUGCUAGUUUGUGUUUAUGGCUUCAGUUUCUGUGUUUCUGUUGUUAAAUAAAGAGGCCAAGAGGGCACUUAGUUGUGCCUCUGUGGCUGUUGGAUUGCAUUGCGUUUCGUACCUGUUUGAUGUGUAUGGGUGUGGGUACUUAGAUGUGCCCGUUUGUUGUAUUGGAUCUUUUGUUUACGUUAGUAUUAACUAGCUUUGUUAAGCUAAAAUCUCCCCUUUUUCUCUGUCCUUUGAUUUAAAGUUUUAAGAUUGGCUGAGUGGGAUAGAAAGUAGAUUUUGAGAACAUGUUAACAAUAAAUAAAUAUAAUUUUA